AUGGGCUUGGGCCCGGCGCACUACCAUGACUUGGUCUCCUCGGAAACAAAUUACCAGGAGCUUAAAAGAUUCGCGAAUGAAUGGAACCGAAGGCGGACUCAGUGGGAAGUUGCAGCGUCAGGCAGCGAGUCGUCGUUACCGGUGCCGUCAAGCCCCAUAUGGGGAGAGUUGACUCAGGGACGCGCGGAGCCUCGCGGCCAGACCGCACGCACUCUCCCGCGAUUCGGCCCAUAUAACCGCAAGGUUGGUGGGGCCAUGGGAGUUGGAGGGUUGUACCACUCGAUCACGAUCCGCAACGCACUGAACGACGAAUUCAUCCGCGACGGACGCAAAACCUCAUCCGCGUGCGGACGGUCCGCGUCGUACUGCAUAGGGCCUAACUGGAAUAUAGCGCCUACA